CGAAAUAUGAGAACUACUUUAGCGGGUCGGAUGCUCCAGGAGUAAACCCAUCCCCUAUUUUAUUUAUUUAUAAAACCAAAUUCAAUUGGCUACCCAUAUUUGGAUGAGACUCACAAAGCCGUUACGAACCUCAGCCCGCCAAGCCAUUCAAAAAACAGGCAAUCCCGAUGGCCACCGCAUUAACUCCACUGUCUACGGCCGCCUCCUUCGCUGGUGCACCGAACGCCGCCUGGUCCGACAGGCCAAGCAGCUCCACGCCCGCCUCAUUCUUUCCUACUCCACUUCUGACAACUUCCUCGCUUCAAAACUCAUAACAUUUUACUCGUCGACCCACCAUCUCAUCUACGCGCGCAGCGUGUUCGACCAAAUUCCCGGAAAAAAUACAUUCUCCUUUAACGCCCUUCUCAUUGCGUUCUCCCAACAUAAAUACCAUACUGAAACGUUAAAAUUAUUCUCUUUGUUUUUUUCUCAAACAGAUUCUCGGAAUUUGGUGGAUAUGAAGCCUGAUAGUUUUACUAUGAGUUGCGUACUCAAGGCAAUGUCGGAAGUGGUGUUAGAUGGACCUCUUUUAGCUAGAAUGGUUCAUUGUUACGUGAUCAAACAUAGAUUUGAUUCUGAUGUUUUUGUGGGUAAUGGAUUGGUGACUUAUUAUUCGAGGUGUGAUGAUAUGUUGUCAGCGAGUAAUUUGUUCGAUGAAAUGCCCGUAAGGGACCUGGUGUCAUGGAAUUCGAUGAUUUCCGGGUACUCUCAAGGCGGGUUUUAUAAGGAAUGCAAGGAUUUGUACAAGAAAAUGCUGCUUUUGAAAGAUUUGAGGCCUAAUGGGAUAACCGUAGUUAGCAUUAUGCAAGCGUGUGCACAAUCUAGUGAUCUUAUUUUGGGGAUGGAAGUGCAUAAAUAUGUGGUUAAGAAUAGGAUUGAAAUAGAUCUUUCUCUUUGUAACUCAUUUAUUGCAUUGUAUGCGAAAUGUGGUAGCUUGGACUAUGCUAGGGAGCUGUUUGAAGAGAUGAGUGAGAAGGAUGAGGUUACUUAUGGCGCGAUUAUAUCGGGAUACAUGGUUCAUGGCUUUGUUGAUGAAGCUAUGAGGCUUUUCACGGAAAUGAGAAAUCCAGGAUUGAGUACUUGGAAUGCUGUGAUAUCUGGAGAGUUUCAGAACAACCGGUAUGAGAAUGUUGUAAAUUUAGCUCGACAAAUGCAAGAUUCUGGUUUUAAGCCUAAUGGUGUGACCCUUUCAACUAUCCUUCCUACAUUUUCACAUCUUUCACAUUUAAAAGGAGGGAAAGAAAUUCAUGCUUAUGCAAUUAAGAAUUCUUAUGAUGGGAAUAUCUACGUGUCAACUGCCUUGAUAGAUACAUAUGCCAAACUUGGAUUUGUUGAUGGAGCACAAAGCGUUUUUGAUCGUGCAAACCAUAGGAGUUUGAUUGUUUGGACAGCUAUUAUUUCGGCAUAUGCUGCCCAUGGAGAUGCUAAUUUCGCUCUUACUCUAUUUGAUGAAAUGUUGAACAGUGGGAUACAGCCAGAUCCUGUCACAUUUACUGCCAUAUUGUCAGCUUGUGCUCAUGCUGGACUGGUUGAGGAAGCUGAGGGAAUAUUUGAUUCGAUGUUGCCAAAGUAUGGAAUUCGCCCAUUGAUUGAGCAUUAUGCUUGCAUGGUUGGAGUUCUGAGCCGAGCAGGGAAGCUUUCUGAAGCUGUAGAAUUAAUUAAGAAAAUGCCCAUUGAACCUAAUGCCAGAGCUUGGGGUGCUCUGCUCAAUGGGGCUUCAAUAUAUGGUGAUAUUGAACUUGCAGAGUUUGCCUGCGCCAGAUUGUUUGAGAUGGAGCCUGAAAAUACUGGUAAUUUUAUUAUCAUGGCAAAUUUGUAUUCAAAUGCUGCUAAAUGCGAAGAGGCUGUGAUGGUCAGAGAGAAAUUGAACAACACCAGGUUGAAAAAAGUUGCUGGCUGUAGUUGGAUAGAAACAACUGGAGGAACACACAGCUUUAUAGCUAGAGAUAUGAAAAACGAAAGAACUGAUGAAAUUUUCGAAAUGUUAGGAAGAUUGCUGGAAUUAAUGAGAGGGGAAGGGUACACAGUGGUGGAUGAAUUUGAUGAGGUAAGUGUUUGAUUAUAUCAGUAAGGGAAUGAAUUGACAAAAAUAUUGCAAUCUUGAAUUCAUUUUGGUCGGUCGAAAUGCUAAGAAAUGCUUCAAGAAACCCAACCAGCACGGGCUCAACCAAGCUCCAGUGCUAAGAGAACUAAAACGACGUCUGUAAAAAUCGAGCUCAGUAGAGGAAAGAAGUCUCAAACUCAAAGAGACCAGUGUGCAUCCUCCUCUGGGCAUAAAUGGUAUUAUUUUUGUUGUGAUUAAUCAUUUAAAUUCAAUUUGUGGGAAAUAUUUAAGAAA